AUGGAAAAGCUGAAGAGGCAAGCUUCAGAAGUUCACCAGAAACUGGACGGAUUCACCUACGAAGAGAUUCUAUUGGCAGUGCGAUCCCGACAAGGUUUGAUUGCUUUGCGAUCGUUCAAGAAAGAUGACGUGUUGGUGGAUUACCACAGCAAAGUAGUAACCAACAUCAAUGCCGACCAGUACUGCCUCCAGCCAGGAGUUCUAAGUGAAUACAUAUUGCAAAUUGCGGGUCCUCCUAGGCGAUUGAUCGACGCUUCAAAUGAGGAGUACCCUUUACAUAAUUGGAACGUUUGCCUGGGUCGUUUACCGAACCACGCCACCCAGAAGAAAAACGAGGCCAAUAUGAAGAUGGUAGAAGUUGUACUUUCCAGCAUAGGUGAAAGAAUAGUCAUCCUAAAAGCCAGGAGAGACAUUGCACCUUUCGAGCAACUGCGCUUUGACUAUGGAGACAAAGCUACUCAAGUGUUGUUUGACGACAGCAGUUAA